AUGCCGAUCACUCAUCUGUUGCUGUCUGUUUACAUUGUCACCUUCCUGAUUGGGGUACCUGCCAACAUCCUGGCAUUAUGCACCUUUUGCCAAAAGGUGCGCUGCAAACCUGCCCCCAUCGACAUCCUGCUACUCAACCUGACCAUCUCCGACCUCAUCUUCCUCACUUUCCUGCCCUUCAAGAUAAAGGAGGCUGUUGAUGACAUGAACUGGAACCUCCCCUUCUUCCUGUGUCCAGUCACUGGUUUCCUGUUCUACUCCACCAUCUACAACAGCACCCUCCUCCUGACCGCGGUGAGUGUGGAGCGCUACGUUGGUGUGGCCUUCCCUAUCAGGUACGCCUUGUGUCACAGGCCGCGCUAUGCUGUGGUGGCCAGCAUCAUAUGUUGGGUGGUGUCAUCACUGAACCUCAGCAUCGUGUACAUUGUGCCCUGCUCCCACUGGAUAUACGGCAAUGGGACCACUAUGGACGAUUCCCCAACAAAGUGCUACCUGAACUUCACCCAAGAACAGCUCAGCAUCCUUCUCCCAGUGCGUCUGGAGCUAUUCCUGGUCCUCUUCUGCGUCCCUUUCCUGGUCUGCACCUUCUGCUAUGUCAACUUCAUCCGUAUCCUGUCUCGGCUGCCCAACAUCGGGCGGCGGCGGCGCCUGCGGGCCAUCGGGCUGGCACUGGGCACCCUGUUAGUGUUUGCCCUCUGCUUUGGGCCCUAUAACGUAUCCCAUGUGGUGGGGUUCAUCCGGAAAGACAGCGAAAGUUGGAGGGAUGUAGCAUUGCUCUCCAGUACCCUCAACGCCUGCCUGGACCCCAUCAUCUUCUACUUCUCCUCUGUGGCUGUCAGGAGCAUGCUCAGUCACUGCUUCAGGAGCUUAAUGGCUAAACUGCACAUUUUAAAGUGUGAGAGGGGUCAAGACUGA